AGUUCAGUUCAAUUCAAUAAACUUGAGUAGAUUGACGUGUAAGCUAAUCAUUUUGUUACAUAUUUUUUCCGAGGAAAAAAUAUUUAAAAAGUUUGAUUAUUUAUAAAUAGAAGUUAACUAUAGGUAUAUAAAAUUCGUGAAAAUGGAAAACGGUUCAUCGGAUUUUUUUAACCUCAAGGAAUUGCCACAUGUUGUUAGAGCUUUAGACAGAAAUCUUAAAGUACAAGAAAAUGUAUUGAAUGUCAUUGGUAACACUCCACUUGUUAAACUAAAUAAAAUACCUAAGCAAGAAGGUAUUCAGUGUGAUAUGUACGCUAAAUGUGAAUUUUUAAACCCUGGUGGUUCUGUGAAAGAUAGAAUUGCAUACAGAAUGGUAUUAGAAGCUGAACAAAAAGGCACACUUAUUCCUGGUAAAUCGGUGAUUAUAGAACCUACAUCAGGAAAUACUGGAAUAGGACUAGCUCUGGCAUCGGCUGUAAGAGGAUACAGAUGUAUUAUUGUACUGCCUGAGAAGAUGUCUGAUGAAAAAGUUAAUACUUUAAAGGCAUUAGGUGCAGAAAUUGUAAGAACACCCACAGAGGCUGCAUCUUCUUCACCAGAUAGUAACAUUAAUGUUGCUUGGCGUUUAUCUAAAGAAAUUCCUGAUGCAGUUGUAUUGGAUCAGUACAACAACCCGUGCAAUCCCCUUGCUCAUUAUGACGGAACAGCUGAAGAGAUUCUUUGGUCUUUGGAUGAUGAUGUAGAUAUGGUGGUCAUUGGUGCUGGUACAUGUGGGACUGUGUCUGGUGUUGGACAUAAGAUUAAAGAACGCUGCCCCAAAUGUGUAGUAGUUGCUGUUGACCCCCAUGGCUCGAUUCUUGCUGAACCUGAAGAACUCAACAAAUCUGAUGUUGAAAUAUAUCAGAUUGAGGGAAUCGGCUACGACUUUUUACCUCGUACUUUGGACAGAAAAAUAAUAGACAAAUGGAUCAAAACGGACGACAAGUCUUCUUUGGAAAUGUCUCGAAGACUUAUUAAAGAGGAAGGAUUACUAUGUGGUGGCAGUAGUGGUGCUGCUAUGUACGCAGCGGUGCAAGCCGCGAAGAGCCUAAAAGCUGGACAAAAAUGCGUAGUGCUUUUACCAGACAAUAUACGGAACUAUAUGACAAAAUUCAUUUCUGAUCAAUGGAUGGAAGCACUGAACUUUAAACCUUAUCCAACAAAUGACAAGUUAUGGUGGUGGAACAAGACAUUAAAUGAAGACGAUAAUCUGAUACAGCCAAUUAAAUCUCUGCCAAGUAACACAUCGACUGAUGAAGCAAUUUCGGUACUACGGGAAAAUAAAGCAUCUGUUGUAAGCAUUGUUGACAAUAAAGGAACAAUAAUAGGUGUUUUAUCUGCUGACAAUACGAGAAUGCGAUUGGCAAACUUAUCUGGAAGUUUCAACGAAGGCAUAGAAAAAUUCAUUGUGAAAAAGUACUACAAACUUGAUCUCUUAAACUCUCCUACUUUAGGUGCUGUCUCUCGAACACUUGAUAUUGCUCGAUUUGUAGUUAUUGUCAAAACAGACUCAUCAAAUAUCCAGAAACCUAUUGGUGUAAUAACAUCAGAAGAUCUAUUCUCAUAUAUUACCAGCAAAGGCAACCAAGUGAAUGGAAAAUGAACUCUUCCCUAUGUUAUGUCUAGAAUAAGUUAUAUUUUUAAAAUUAUAUUAUUUACUCAAAAUAAUAACAAAUUUACGUUGGCAUUUAUUUUAUUGUACUAGCUUAGAAUAUUAUAAAGAAAUAUUUCUGUAUGUUUAGGGCACAAAAUGUUUGUAUUCAUACAAUAAAUUAAUAACUCAAUUAGUGUGGAAGUAUAAAAUUUUUUUUAAUGUACUUAAUUUUCAAUACUUUAAUAGAAAUAUAACAGACUAGUUUUUUUGAAGCAUUUAAUACCAAAUCAUUCCAUGGUGCACUAAAUGAUAAUCAUGUAUGAUUAUUAAAUAUACUAGCAAAACUUGUUACAAAUAUAAAUAAAUGAAGAUUAAAAGUUUAUUAUGUUCUCAUUCUGUAUAUUAUGUACUCAUUCUGUAAUUAUCGUUAUAAAUAAUUAUACACUGUGCUAAAGAAAA